AGCUCUUGCCGGUCCGAUCGCUUACAAUGGUUCAGGUCGAGGACAUGUUCUGUCCCCUCACGAGAAAAAGAAAAGCUGGGUCCCGGGAGUUCGGGUAGCCACCAGAGUGGUCUCCCAUGACAAGGACAAGGUGGGCAACGGUGGCAGAUGUGGACUCGCCCCGUCCCCCGAUACAUAUCGUCCAUUCCGAUCCCUCGCAGAUUCCCCAGCAAUUCCCUGCUUCGCCAACUUCCAUUUCCGGGCCUGUCGGGCGGCUGAAAGUUUCCGCUCUCAUUCCAAGAUCCGUCACUUUGGGAUUUCCCAUUGUGCCACAUGGCCAAUGGAAAAGGGUUCCUCAUGCGGAAAGGACUUGUCGUUGCUUGUUCAAACGUGUAAAAACGACACAAGCCAAUGGGCCAAGCGGCCUCAGUGCAUGUUCGACUGUUUCGGGGACGACAUCCUAUUCUAGAAUCCUGCCCUUGCUCGCUCGUCCAUGGGUAGGUCUCGCAAACCCCAUGCCAAUCUCUACCGGAAUGCCUGCACUCGUGCCCGACAGGUCGGUAACAGGCUUGGUCCUGCCUCUGGUGUGUCUGGUUUGCUGGGUGUGGUAUGUGUCGGCACGGCUGGGCAGAUUGGCUUCCCUGGCUCCCUGGCCUGCCGCCCGAGACCAGGGGGGUGUCAGACUGGAACUGUCCCAGCACGGUGGGCUCUGUUGCGGCUCCCGCAGCGGUUGUGGGAUGAUGGAUCCAGAGCUGGGGGAGGGGUUCGUCUGCCGAACUGGCUUGCAAGGUGCUACGCUGUGUGUCCUGGCUACGCUGCCGGGACGCUACUGGUACGUUUCCGACUUCGAAUCUCUGCUUCCACGUAGUACACUACAUAAGGCCAUAGAGACCUCUUAGCGCGGCAACGCUUCAGGUUUCUUGGUCUUUAGCACGUAGCAGACGGGGCCUGACUGAGACCCGAGUUUGGGCUACUCGGUGCGCUGGUG